AAUUAUAAUUUGUUUGUAAUUUCAACUACAAAGAGCUCUUCAAAACCAAUAGCCGAAAAGAAAAAUUAUAUUUUUUUUACAACUUUAACUAUAAAUAGAUCUUUUUUAAACGAAAAAAUAAUAGAAAAAAACUCCGAAAAUGCGUCGCAUCUAUUCCACGAACUUACUCAAGCAUGUUGGGAUCGACGAAGAAAUGAUAACGGAAGAAAAACGACUUCAAUGCCCGACAAUAGGCGUUGAGCAACCAACAGAAUUUCCAGAAGUAAUCAUUACAACUGAAUUCUUAGAGUCCAGUCACUAUCAUAUCGAGACGGCGCAAAAGUGGCUUGUGUUGAACGGCAAAAAUGGGCGACAACACAAAUUUCCACUACAAACUAUCUUACCCAAAGUGCAAAUGACACGUACGGUGCCACCAAAGCAUUUACCGCGCGAUGUUGAAGUCGAUCGACGUCGACGACAAAACAGUAAACUAGACCUAUUGCAAAUGCUGGAUGAGGCCGGCAUAUCGAAUGCCGAUCUAAUGCCAACUGAAAUACUGUACUACAGCCUCUCCGAUAAUGUAUUUAAACACUUUCUACCUUUGAGUUUCUUCGAUGACUCCGACUAUGACACAAACUCACCGGAAGCGUGGUUAAGUUUAGGUAAUGUGGAAGAUGGCGUAUAUCCACUGCCAGCUAAAGCUUUCCUGCCUUACAAACAGAGCCUAUUCGACUACAGAUGGCAAUAUGUCGCCGUUAGCGCUUACGAUAGGAACACAUCUAAAUGGACUGUGUUGAAUUUGGACGAUGAGCUGUUAUAUGAAAUACCAAGUAUACAAAUUAUGUUUCUUGCGGACAGUCCAAAAAUGUUUGUGCAACGCAUUAAAAAAGCGCUAAAUGAUCGUUGCAAUGCCGAGCGGCUGAUCAAAAUGGAAUCGAUCGUGGACUGUGUGCUAAUGCAAGAUAUUGAAGAUCAACGCUUUAUGCGCAACGAACGUAUCGAUAAUCUGCUACAGAAGGUGAUCGGCAGAGCCGAUGAUAAAUUUCAAUAUCAAUUACGCAUCGAAGUUUAUCUUGUGUUCGAGCAUUUAAUGGCUUGUUAUGAGUUCGAAAAAUUCGUCAAACUAAUGCCGAAAGAGUUUCCCACCUUUGAUGAUAAUCUCAUUGAGAAUUCCUUACCACGCGCCUUCAAAUCGGUGGCGAAUAUUAACGAGGCGCGGAGUGUUAAGAAUUUCCGUGUGAAUAUCAAAAAGUUACGUUACCUUUUACUACGCUCAACCAUAUUCUAUAUUGGUGCCGGUAUCGAGGCAAUGUGUAAUGUCGCCGUGCAGUGUCAGUAUAUUGAAACAUUAUCGAUUUUCUUGACGGGCUUUGUGAAACCCGUGGCGCUAAAUGAUUUCCUACAGUCACAACAGUCGAAUAGCAAUAAUGUCGCGACAUAUUUGAAGAAUUUUUGGCCACAAAAGAUAUCGUCUGGCAUAACAUUGGUGCUGCGCGCACUCGGUAAAGGUUGGCUGGACAUCAGUCUUGAUAAAUGGAGCGUCUAUCAGAUGUGCAAGAUAUCACGUUUUAUAUUGCAAACAAAAUUUCGCAUGCAAGAAUCCAUACAGGUGCUGUUGGAGAAAUCGAUCGAUACUUUCAGCGUUUAUUUAACGGAUCCAUGUUUACAAUUUCUGAAACUACAACCGGACUUUAAGUGGCGCAAUAAUUACAUUGAAACCGAAUUUCCAUGUGAUAAACCCAUUUUCUUUCUAAUCAUCAGCAUAUCAGAGGCUAAGAAGGUCGUUUACUCUACCACACCGGAAGACUUUGCACCGCUACUAACAGAUAUUUUCAAGAAGGCAUUGGAGAAGACGAGCGGUGUACGCUGCAUUGAGGCUGAAACUUUGCUGAAUCUCAAAUUUGCACCCAAUCUGUAUAUAGAGACAGUUGAGCUCAUUGAAGAUUUAUUCAUACAACGGAAUGAUCUAUUGGGUCGUUGUUAUAAUCAAGCCGUCCUACCACUAAAUUCUUACGCGCGUCUUUAUGACCGCUUCAUCGAUUUCUAUUUACUAAAUGUAAAUGAAUACAUGCGCGAAUACGAAUCGAUAAAACGUUCUUCGUCGGAAGUGAAAUACGACAUAUUGGAGCACAAACGGCAGAAAGAGGAACUACGUGAGAUCUUACCAGCUUUUAUUACGAUCGGUCCGUUUCUGAUUAAUGUCGAACUCAUGAAACAGCUAAUGAUUAAGAAGCACACCGAUAUUGUACGCAAACUUUUCGAGUACUAUAUACAACGUAUGUGGGAUAUAAAUGAGACUAUUUUGGAGCAAUGCUUAGACAUAUAUCAGAAAAUUAGCGAUCGUCCACAAAGCAUUGAACAUCUGUAUGAGAUACGCGACUUUGCCGCUACAGUGCCGGAUGUCGUCGAGCAGCUGCGUGCAGAUAUACAGAUUAUGUGGUUGGAAUAUGAAAUGCUCGACAGUUUCUUCUAUAAUCUCAGUGAUACACAAUUCGCUAUGAAAUGGGAGGUUUACGCUUGGCCACACACCAUUAUGCAGCGUUUGGGUACUUUACGUGAGGAGCAAAAGAAUGAUAUCGAAGAGUUUCGACGCGUACAUUCCAGUGAGUGCAUCAGUUUUGAGGAACGUUUGGAGUCGCUGAACGAAGAGAUACAAGCCUUUUCGCUGAUAUUCGAUCCGAAUAAGGUCACCGAGACAGCGGUGGAGGUCAAAAAAACCUGGAAGCAAAUUCAAGAAUUGGAGAAACUCGGCAAAACACUACAGUAUCGCCAGAAACUUUUCGACCUAGAAGACCUUUCAUUGGAAUUUCUCGAGAGCAUUAUCACCGGUUUUACACCAUAUCGCCAGUUGUGGCUAACUUGUUUGGACUUCCUCAAACUCGAAGAUGCAACCGUUGGCAAUCCACUCAUCAAUAUUGAUUUGGAAGAUGUUUGGAAAUCCAUCGAAGAUAUACGUAAAUUAUUGCGGGAAACCUAUGAUAUAUUCACCGAGAAGCCGGAAAUUCAGGAAGUGGCAAAAUUCUACUUGGCCAAAUGUGAUGAUUUUGUACCAGUAUGGCAAUGUAUAGAUUGGUUGAAGAACGAACAUUGGCUAUAUAUGCACUGGCAAGAGCUCUCAACACGUAGUGGCAUGGAAAUUAAAUAUUCGGCUGCCAUGAAUUUUUCUUACCUUGUACGUAAAGGUAUAAUGGAGAAUUUAAGUUUGGUACAUGAGAUUUCCUCAAAAGCUGAAUACGAGGCCAAUGAGUAUAGGAGGCAACUGGAGGAGGAGGAACGUCGUAAAGAGCAAGAAUUGCAAGAACUGAUUAUGCGUAAAGCUUUGCGGAAAUGCCGUAGAGAUAUACUGUUAGACGAACCUCAAGGAGAGGUUGAAAAGAAAGAAGGAGAGAAAGUCGAAUAAUCAGCUGGAGUAACUGCGUACUUCAAAAAAGAAUGGUUAUGAGGAGAUAAGAGCGCCUGCUUCUAUUUUGUAUUUAGUUUUUGAAAAAUGUUGAUUUCAUACCUCCAGCUAUUUUAUUUGUAAUUAAAGAUACUUGUAAACCUGCAAUGGUAUGCUUUGUUCUUUUGUUUAUCAUUAUUUCUAUUUCGUACGUUUUAUUCCGUUCGUCCAUCCGUUCAAGCAAUAACUUGAGUAAAAAUUUCCUGACUGGAUGAAACUUUACACGAAUAGUGCCUUUAAAGUGUGCCAAUUUAAGACCAACAAUUUUUCAAGUCGGAACAAAAAUAUUCAAGCCCCAGGUACCGAAUAAGUCGUAAAGAGCUCCUAUUGCGCGCUUUUUAUCGAAAAUAUCGAUGUCUGUGUGAUAUAUAAUAUUAUAAAAAUUCGAAGAGAUAGUACACCUCUAUGCCAAAAAUCAGUUGAAUCGGAUCAAUAAUUCUCUUAGUCCCCAU